AUGCAGGCGGCGGCGGCGGCUGUAUCCGUGCCCUUCUUGCUGCUCUGCGCCCUGGGGACCUGUCCCCCGGCGGGCUGCGGCCGGGCAGGAGACGCCUCGUUGACGGAGCUGGAGAGGAGGAAGGAAAACCGCUUCCUGGAGCGCCAGAGCAUCGUGCCACUCCGGCUCAUCUACAGCUCGGGCGAGGACGAAACUGGACACGACGCGCUCGAUACGCGGGUGCGGGGCGACCCCGGCGGCGGGCAGUUGACUCACGUUGACCAGGCAAGCUUCCUGCUGGGUGCCUUUGGAACAUCGUUUAUUCUUGAUGUCCUGCUAAAUCAUGAUUUGCUGUCCUCUGAAUACGUGGAGAGACACAUUGAACAUGGAGGGAAGACUGUGGAAGUGAAAGGAGGAGAACACUGUUACUACCAGGGCCAUAUCCGAGGAAACCCUGCCUCAUUUGUGGCAUUGUCAACAUGCCAUGGACUUCAUGGGAUGUUCUGUGAUGGGAACCACACCUAUCUCAUCGAGCCAGAAGUAAAUGACACCUCCCAGGAGGAUUUCCGUUUUCAUUCGGUUUACAAAUCCAGACUGUUUGAAUUUCCCUUGGAUGAUCUUCCAUCUGAAUUCCAACAAGUAAACAUCACUCCACCAAAAUUUAUUUUGAAGCCAAGACCAAAAAGGAGUAAACGACAGCUUCAUCGAUAUCCUCGUAACGUAGAGGAGGAAACCAAAUAUAUUGAACUGAUGAUUGUGAAUGAUCAUCUCAUGUUUAAAAAACAUCGGCUUUCAGUGGUACUUACCAAUACCUAUGCGAAAUCUGUGGUGAACAUGGCGGAUUUAAUAUAUAAAGACCAACUUAAGACAAGGAUAGUAUUGGUUGCCAUGGAAACCUGGGCGGCUGACAACAAGUUUGCCAUAUCUGAAAAUCCAUUGAUCACCCUACGUGAGUUUAUGAAAUACAGGAGGGAUUUUAUCAAAGAGAAAAGUGAUGCAGUUCACCUUUUUUCGGGAAGUCAAUUUGAGAGUAGCCGGAGCGGGGCAGCUUAUAUUGGUGGGAUUUGCUCGUUGCUGAAAGGAGGAGGCGUGAAUGAAUUUGGGAAAACGGAUUUAAUGGCAGUUACACUUGCCCAGUCAUUAGCCCAUAAUAUUGGUAUUAUCUCAGACAAAAGAAAGUUAGCAAGUGGUGAGUGUAAAUGUGAGGACACGUGGUCUGGAUGCAUAAUGGGAGACACUGGCUAUUAUCUUCCUAAAAAGUUCACCCAGUGUAAUAUUGAAGAGUAUCAUGACUUCCUGAAUAGUGGAGGUGGUGCCUGCCUUUUCAACAAACCUUCUAAGCUUCUUGAUCCUCCUGAGUGUGGCAAUGGCUUCAUUGAAACUGGAGAGGAGUGUGACUGUGGGACCCCGGCAGAAUGUGUCCUUGAAGGAGCAGAGUGUUGUAAGAAAUGCACCUUGACUCAAGACUCCCAGUGCAGUGAUGGUCUUUGUUGUAAAAAGUGCAAGUUUCAGCCUAUGGGAACUGUAUGCCGUGAAGCAGUAAAUGAUUGUGAUAUUCGUGAAACAUGCUCAGGAAAUUCAAGCCAGUGUGCCCCCAAUAUUCAUAAGAUGGAUGGUUAUUCAUGUGAUGGUAUACAGGGAAUUUGCUUUGGAGGAAGAUGUAAAACCAGGGAUAGACAAUGCAAAUACAUCUGGGGGCAAAAGGUGACAGCAUCAGACAAAUACUGCUAUGAGAAACUGAAUAUUGAAGGCACCGAGAAGGGUAACUGUGGCAAAGACAAAGACACAUGGAUACAGUGCAACAAACGGGAUGUACUUUGUGGUUACCUUUUGUGUACGAACAUUGGUAAUAUCCCGAGGCUUGGAGAACUCGAUGGUGAAAUCACAUCUACUUUAGUUGUACAGCAGGCAAGAACAUUAAACUGCAGUGGUGGGCAUGUUAAACUUGACGAAGAUGUAGACCUUGGCUAUGUAGAAGAUGGGACACCUUGUGGUCCCCAAAUGAUGUGCUUAGAACACAGGUGUCUUCCUGUGGCUUCCUUCAACUUUAGUACUUGUUUAAGCACUAAAGAAGGCACUGUUUGUUCAGGAAAUGGAGUUUGCAGUAAUGAGCUGAAGUGUGUGUGUAACAGACACUGGGUAGGUGAGGACUGCAGCACUUACUUCCCUUACAAUGAUGAUGCAAAGGCUGGCAUUACUCUGUCUGGCAAUGGUGUUGCUGGUACCAAUAUUAUAAUAGGCAUAAUUGCUGGCACCAUUUUAGUGCUGGCCCUCAUAUUAGGAAUAACUGCAUGGGGCUAUAAAAACUAUCGAGAACAGAGACAGUUACCCCAGGGAGAUUAUGUAAAAGAGCCUGGAGAUGGCGACUCUUUUUAUAGCGACAUUCCUCCUGGAGUGAGCACAAACUCAGCAUCUAGUUCUAAGAAGAGGUCUGCUUUUCUGUCGCAUUUUCAGAUUUCUACCUGUUCCAUCACACAUUAUUCCAUUAGUCAGAACAUUUCAUUAUUUUGCAGCAGGUCAAACGGACUCUCUCAUUCUUGGAGUGAAAGGAUUCCAGACACAAAACAUAUUUCAGAUAUCUGUGAAAAUGGGCGACCUCGCAGUAACUCUUGGCAAGGUAACCUGGGAGGCAACAGAAAGAAAAUCAGAGGCAAAAGAUUUAGACCUCGGUCUAAUUCAACUGAGAGGGAGCCCCAAGCACCUGAGCCUGGGCACUCCCUCGCCCAGACAGUCCCAUCCCAAGGCAUAAACCCAGGGGGCUCUGACAGCCCCCAGACAGGGAGUCUGGAUCACAGGUAUUUAAACCCAUGGUUCAAAAGAGACUAUAAUGUAGCUAAGUGGGUAGAAGAUGUGAAUAAAAACACUGAAGGACCAUACUUUAGCUCCCAAGAUGGCCAGCGUCAGGAAGACAGGACUUUAUCUCCUGCCAAGUCUCCUUCUUCGUCAACUGGGUCUAUUGCCUCCAGCAGAAAAUACCCUUAUCCAAUGCCUCCCCUUCCCGAUGAGGAGAAGAAAGUGAACCGACAAAGUGCCAGGCUAUGGGAGACAUCCAUUUAAGAUCAGCUGUUUACAUGUGACACAUCGAAACUGUUUACUUCAACUUUUAUAGAAACUCAGCCUCACUGAAUCACUGCAAAUCUAUCUGCUCUUCAAACAACUCGAAAACAUCUCUGAAUGCCACAGAGGAGAGGAAGCCGAGACUCACAUCUGGAUACCAUUUUCUUUUUGUCAUUGGCUUCAGAUUUAAUUGAACCAUGAAAAGAACUACUGAAAUGUUACACUAUAACAUGGAACAACUAAGGUACUGGUAAUGUUAAUGGAUAAUCCGCAUGACAGAUAAUAUGUAGAAAUAUCACUGAAGUUAACUCACAUGACCCAAAUGUAGCAAGUUUCCUAAGGGACAAUAGUGGAUUCAGAACUUGACAUUCUGAAGCACAUACUCAUUGUAGACAGUAAUGCUAUGUGCAUGAAGCUUCUGUUUAUUGUUUUCCACAUUUAAGGAAACAACAUCCCAUAAUAGAAACUAGCAUGCAGGGCUAAGGCAUAUAAGGAUUUCUUCUGCAGGACUUUAAAGCUUGAGAGGCCAAUAUCCCACAUGCUAACUGUAAACAUGUAUUUUUCUUUUUUUUUACUUUUCAUAUUUAUAUCAGCAUACAAGGACAAUUGUACAUAUGUAAACAUUUUUAAAAUUAUAAAAAAAGCAGCUGUUACACACAAGUGUAUUUUGCCAGAUGCCUAAAAACAAUCAGUCACAAUCACGUCAUCAUCAUCCAUCAAAUGGUCUUCAAAGAUUAUGACCGGAUGAUGUCGUAAAUAUAGUGGUCAGGGCUGUAUAUGUGUCUCCCCAUAAUUGGUAUUUGUCCAAACCAUGUGCUAUCCCUUUAAAGUGUGCACAGUCUAGAGGCAGUUUUAUUGAGUAAUUAAUUGAACAAGAGAACAAAAUGUCCGACAGAACUUAGGGCCUCCACAGCUUGCUUACUGCCUCAAGGCGCUCUGCCGCCAGCUGGCUGCUCCCUGGGAAUCCUCCAGCCUGUCCAUCUUCCUUCUGGGGGCUACAGCGCCUGACUCAGUGGCUAUUCCUUUUCGGUGCCAGAGCACAUCUGCUAGUCUCACCUGGGGGGGCCUGUGAGCCCCACAGCAGUGUGUCCUGCUGAGUUAAACAAAUGCACCAAAGACACAGGAGGCCACAGCUGCUGAUGCAUUGGUAGCUUCCAACUUGCCAAUACUCUAACCCUUUGUGGCCUAAACUUUUGUUCUUUAACAAAGCUUUUUAGCCACCCUUAUCUGUGACAUGAAUGACGUAUUUUAAUGAAAACAACUUUCACACUGUUUAUUGAGGGUAUUUAUCCUUGGUGGGACAUGAGUCCCAGCAGGUCAUUCUCCACUGAUGUGUAAGUAAGGUAUGGAAGGUUCUACCAUCUGGGCUGGGAAGCCUCAACAGGUCGCAGAGGGUUCAAAGAAACCUAAAACCCCAAGGGUGCAGCAACUGUGAAGUUAUCCAAACAGCUGGCAAGGGGUAGAAUCUGAUGUUCUGAACUCUCUAUUUUUUUAAUCCAUAGAAAAGUGAGAAAUCUAUGUUAAAUCCCCUUCUUUAAAACCAAAUUUCGAUAGCUGUCAUCAUGCAGCACCGCCAUUCUUAAAGAAAACUUCUCUUGGGAGGUGACCCUAGUGAGCUCAGAAAUUAAUGGGAUCAAUCAGAUGCUUUGAUAUAAAGAUUACUUCUGAAUUUUCUAAUUUUCUCUCCUUUUUCUUGAGAGGAAUGGAAUCUGCAGACAAGUUUUCAGAAAUAUCCUCUAAAUUUGAUCUCUGCCAGUAGUGUCCGAGGACAAAACCCAUUUCAUCUCUGUGUGUAAUCAUCUUGGAGGCCCAAGCUAAAGGGUCCAUUAGAAGGCAGUGUUUUCUCCUCUAUGUGUCUAUAUCUUCCAUAACGGACGUCUCUUCUGAAAGUCUUUGAAAACAUUUGAAAAGCAGUUUAAUUAUCCAAAAUGAUAAAGUGUAAACAGCAGUUUUCAUGACAGGAAGGGAUGUGAUUGUUGAGACUACGAUAAAAUGAUCCAUCAGUCUCAAGUUGGGUGAUGUUGCCAUAUAGCCCAAGCCAAGGACAGGAGGGCAGACAGAUUUAAAGAUGUAGCAAAUAAAGUGGCUUUUGACCAAGAUCACUUUAAUAUGCACUGAAUGUUUUCUGAUAUUGAGUGUAUAAAAGGCUAAUGUUAGAAGGUUUAUUUUGACUAUAAAAGAGUUAUAGAUUUGAAUGUAAGGUACCUCAUGUAAAUAAAUAUGCUUCCUAGUUACGGUUACACAUCCCUCAUUUGAAAGAAUCCACAAAUGAUUAGCUAUGUAGUCAAUGGAUCCCUUCACCCUUCUCUCUUUCCUCACCUUCUGAAUUAUUUUUACAUAAAGAUUAUUAUUUCAAGUGAAAAAUCAUUAUUUGUGCCUUUUGGGAGACAUGGUUGCUCUAGAGGUAUACAGCUUACAGUCAUCCUCCUCGAUAAUAAACUUCAUAUAGAACUGAAUGAAAAGUGUUUUAUUUGCAGAGAGACUAUGAUUUUAUAGUACCUUUGAUGUUCUAUUCUAGAUAUCUACUCUAUCUAGGAACGUGUAAACAUUCUUACAGCCAUUUGCCACAUUCUUUGACAAGUUUAUAAUUUCAGUGGCUAGCUGUGAGAAGUACCUAUAUGUGAACUCAUGGUUGGUGUUCUAGAUGUAUUAAAUCUAAAUAUCUAUGACUUUUCAUCCACUGAGGCAGGGAGAAUGGACCCAUGGCACUAAACGCAAGCACAGCAUUAUUAUUAUUAUUAAUUUUUUUUGAGUAUCUAUUUUGGAGAGCAACUUUGAGGCCACAUAGCAGUUUGUAUCAUGAAACUAAUAUUUAUAGCCCCCAGUCAACUAUAGGACUGUUAUACUAAGCAGAGAAGAGCAGCUUUUUGGCUUUUGUGUUCCAUUGUAUGCCUUUUUCCUCUCUUUCUGAAGUUUUGUGCAUAGAUUAGACUUCAGAUUGACAACUCUUCAGCCUGAUGUGUUCCAUUUAUCCAUAGUCGUUACAGUAUAGUAAAUCCUGAUUUAAAGCAACACAUAUCUCUCCCCUAAGAGUGUCAACAAAGGAGGUGUGGGAAACAUGGAGCUAUAAAGGAGCUGACUGGUCAGAUUAACUGGUCUGUGCCCAGCACCUCAUUCUUUAGACAGGAAGUGGCACCCUUCUCUGGGGUCUCCCAGCUAGAAAGUGGCCCCCAGGCCACAUGCAAUCGGUGGAAAGGAAUAAACUCCUCAAACAGUGCAGCAUCAGGAGGCCUUUCAAUUUGUGGUUGCUGUAUUUUUUUUAAAGAUACCCAGUGCUAUUCCUUAAAAUAAAACUUUGACUAAUAAAGUAAAUGCCAAAGCUACUUUCCAGGUUGAUAUAUAGGUGCUUUAUUAAAUGAUACUACAGUUUCACUCCCCUCCCCACCUCCACCCCCCUUGCUUUAAAAAGGCUCUUAAAAUUGUGUUACUGCGUAAAGUAAAUCCAGCAUAGAUUUCUGAACAUAAGAUUGAUAGGGUUUCUAAAAGAAGUCGCUGUAAAGAUAAUAUCAGGUAUUCUGUGCACUUCCACAGAAGGACUAUUUAUGUUUGAAUUCCCAAAGUCUUAACAUUUCUCUAUUUUUUGUGUUGAUCCCCUUGCAGAUUUGCAUAAUUUAACCCCCUCUGUUGUCUCAGAUCUUGUUGUGUCUCCUUUACCUUUUACCUUCUUAGAUUUUCUUUAAAUUUUAUAGUUACCUAUGGGCUAGAGGAAAUAUGGUAUUUCUGUUCACUUUCAGUGUUUCAGAAUUGUUCAUUUAUUAAUCUCAUCCAUUCUUCAUUUCCUGCUGCCAUGUAGUUCUAUUUUAACAUAUAUAUUUAGUGCUUUAAAUAUUUCCUUGUGUUAUUCGACAUGAUAAUAAAUCCUUACGUAAAGAGAAGACUAUUUUAUUUUACUUUAUUUUACUUGAAAAGGAAAGGGAAUAUACUGGAACUUACCGAGUAGCUUGCCGAUUGUAUGGGCAGGGGAGCUGAAUAAAGGCAGUGAGGGAAGGAAGGGAAGCAGGCCUGCUGCCCCCGCAGCCUGAUAGAACACCGCCCCCUGCUACCAGGACGCCCUCUAUGGGCAGAAUUUUUUUUUUUUUUUUUUUUUUGGCCAAGCCGCAUGUGGGAUCUUAGUUCCCUCGCGAGAGAUCAAACCUGCUCCCCCUGCAGUGAAAGCGCGGCGUCUUAACCACUGGACCGCCAGGGAAGUUCCUGGGCAGCAUAUUUUAAGUACAAUCGUACCAGUUGGUAAGUUGACAUGAAUUUUACAUGAAACGUUCUUGACUCCCAUUUGUAGCACAAUGUCUACUUUGUUAUGCUCCUAAUUAUUUUUUUUCUAUCCCGUCUAUGUUUCCUCUAA